AUGGAAUCUGCUGCUACAGGACUAAAUUCAACAUGGGGACAGCCAAGUGGGUCCACGGUUCCGAAAGUUAUCUUUCUAGUUCUCUUCGUAGUGACUUCAUUUUUUGGCAAUUUGUUUAUGCUAAUUGUGCUGAUUCAGAAUGCGAGGCUGAGGUCAGUACAGAAUAUUUUCAUUGCCAAUACUUGCAUUGUGUGCCUCAUCGACUGUCUCUGCAACAUGUCCCUCGUUACUAGUUCUUUAAUAGCAGACGAGAUUUUUUCUGGGCAUUUCAUGUGUAAAGUCAAUAGCUUUUUCGUGAACCUUGUCGCUAUUAUGACAAUGCUAAUGUUAACAGCGCUGUGUGCAGACAGAUAUUUUUCACUUCGAUUCUCUUACAAAAGCAAAGCCUGUCUAUCUUUUCGUCGGAUCGGAUCAGUUAUUGUAUAUUUGUGGCUGCAUUCUCUCGUCUUCAGUAUCCCCAUACUAACUGACGGUGUUCACUCGGUCUAUCGACCUCAGCUCCACCUCUGCACGAUUGGAAGUGGAGCGUCAGAUGCCUUCUUGUUUGUAACGCUGAUUGUUUGUUUUGUCGCACCGUUAAUAGCAGUAAUUAUCUUUAACGUUUGUAAUUGUAACUUGACGUGCAGACUCAAGGAUAAGACAUCAAAUGAGAUCGCAGAAAAGAACUAUAUGCAAAUGUCAACAGAAACAUCGCAAGCAGCUCCCUUGGUCAAUUCUUGCUCGUAUACAGUGUCCCUUGUGAUACUGUGGCUUGUACUGGAGAUUCCUUUCAUUGUUACCUCAUACGUGAUGCAGUACGAAUACAUCCAGCCCCUGGUAGCUACCGGCAGGUCAUGGGAAGUUAGUAUAACCUUCGUCUGGAUGAGAUUUUUAUACUCAGCUAUAUUCCCAUAUGUGACUUUUUUCUUCAAGAAAGAAAUAUGGCAGAGCACAAAAGAACACAUAUUUUGUCGACGACACAAUUCUGUCGUUGAUACAGAUAGUUUAGGAGGUGGUAAUAUAGCUGCGAGAGACAGUUGCCGUAAGAAAACAGAAAAUGAAACGCCUUCACAGAUAACAGUCAGAGACAAAGAAUGUCCCCAACCAUCAAAUUCGUCGACCUUUAAUGUACCAGUUCUGUUUGCAACAUCAAAAGGUAUUUGCAUUGAGGACUCAAAGACAAGUUACAGAUCGGGAGAGAUAAACAAUAUAACAUGUACAACCGAUGUGCAUCAUUUGAAACUCAGAACAUUGGAUAUAUGCUAUCCGAAAUACAAGCACGACGAUGAACUCUACGGUGAUACGAGCGAUUAUGAUUCCAGCUGUGAAAUCGACCCUUACUCCUCAUCACAGCCUGUAUCAGCUCGAUCGGUUUUAGAAGCUGUCCAACGUAUUCGUUCUAUGUCCUACCCAGAAAUCAACCUUCAUAAUACCACAGUAAAAGUUGCAUACAAAUGCCAAGAUUUAUCCGCCACCUCCGUUACAGAUUCGGGGCUAGAUCUCAGCGGUCAAAGUAGUUCCAGCAUGGAAGUAGCAAGUGAGUCAACAUUUAAAGUGAUAAAUGGACACAGGAAACCCUCAGCAAAUUCUUCAAAUAAACAUUUAUAA